AUAAAUACCCUUUACUCCCCUGCAUCCAUCUCCCACAUCCAAGCUUCAAACUACACAAAAUAUGGCGUUUAAGAUCAUAUUUGCCUUCUCUCUUUUGCUCCUUUCCUUGGCUAAUGGGGCAGACAUCGCGAUAUAUUGGGGACAAAAUGGGAACGAGGGCACCCUGCGCGACACCUGCGCCUCCAACAACUACAACAUCGUAAACAUAGCUUUCUUAACAACGUUUGGCAAUGGCCGGACUCCGGUCCUCAACCUUGCCGGUCAUUGCAAUCCCGCUGCUAAUACGUGUACUGGCCUGAGCGACGAGAUCAAAGCCUGUAAGAGCCAAGGCAUCAAAGUCUUGCUUUCCCUUGGUGGUGGCGCCGGAAGCUACUCCCUUUCCUCCGCAGAUGAUGCCAAAAAUGUGGCACAGUAUCUGUGGGACAAUUAUCUUGGAGGGCAGUCAGGGUCAAGGCCACUAGGGGAUGCGGUCCUUGACGGAAUCGACUUUGAUAUAGAGUCCGGCGGCGGCCAAUUCUACGACGAAUUGGCCAAGGCAUUAAAAGCUUUUGGAACAAACGUUUUAUUGACAGCAGCGCCGCAAUGUCCAUUCCCCGACCAAAGUCUGCAAACCGCUAUAAACACGGGGCUUUUCGACUACGUGUGGGUGCAGUUCUACAACAACCCCAGCGCCGCCUGUCAAUAUUCUGCCGGGGACACCACCGAUAUUCUCAACUCUUGGAACAAUAACUGGUCAAAAAUUCCGGCACAGAAAGUAUUAAUGGGAUUGCCUGCUUCUCAGAAUGCAGCCAACAACGGUUUCAUUCCUGCCGAUGUUCUUACUUCUCAGAUUCUCCCGGCGAUCAAGGGUUCACCCAAAUACGGAGGCGUAAUGCUCUGGUCUAAAUUCUUUGACAAUGGCUACAGCUCAAGUAUUAAGUCUGCGGUUUGAUCAAACCUAUCCGAUCCGGCCUACUUCAUACAUCAUAAUAAACGUUUGUUUCUCCUUUUGAUGGAAUUGGGAGAUCGAACAUAAUAUUGUACUAGCUUUAAUUUUCUUGUGCCUAUUUAUGAUGCAUUCAUCAUAUCAAAUAAAUGUUAGUUUC